AUGGGGUGGUACUCAAACUGGACCAACCCCGUGCUGGAAGGGCGGAAACCGCAACCCCUCCAGGUUAUCAAGUGCCAGUCCCUUCCAUUGGGAGCCACCUUUGACUUUUACCAAGUGCAGGCACCCGGCAAGGCUUGCGAGCUUCCGCCGCCCCUAGUCAGCUCCAUUGUGCACCGCAAGCACAUUGUUUCAGCUGGCGUCGACUGGCUGAUCUAUGUCUGUGUCUACUUGAGCCUAGAAUGGGGAGUCACCUUCGCCGCCUUUUGUGUGCUCCUCUUGGUGGUGCUUAUCGUCCUAUGUGGUCACAUUCGGGCGGGCAGAGGGGACGAGCCUACUCCCAAAGGUUUUUUCAAGCCUUACGCUUGGGCUUUACUUGCUGCUCUAGUUGCGUCGCUAGUACCAGUUGGUUUCCUAACUGGAAGCGCGGCGCACUGCCUCUGGCCCCAGACGAGGAUCGAAUACAAAGGCCCGGUUAGCCUCCCUGACCCAAACCAAGGGCUGAACCAGUACCUCGCUUUCGCGCUAGGCGAAGGUAGUCUAAGCCUGCAGCUGUGCACGACCAAUAACCUAGCAUUCUACAUAAGGUUUCCAGCCAGCUGUGUCCGUGUGGGGGAGCCUUAUGGAGAGCUCCAGCCAGAUCUGCCGAAGGCUGCCAGUGAGCACGAUGCUCACCCAUGCUCAGAGGGCAACAAGGAACUUCUCGUCUUCUGUUUGGUUCAAAGGGGUAUCGGGACCGGUGUUGUGUUGCUCAUAGUCGCAGUAGUGGGAUACCGUGCUAUAAUGAGGAAGGUACGAAGCCUCAAUAUCACUCUUAGUAAGCCCCGGGUCACACCGGUGUCUUCUACAAGGGAGGACGAGGCUGACGCAGUGUAG